CUUGCCUAGCCGUUUCAAUUUCUAGGGAAGCCCAGCAUACCGCAGACUACGUGGCUGUUGUGGGCACUCCAGCCUUUGUCACACACUUGCGACCAGCCUUCAGGAAGCCUGACUUCAACCAGGCCCUCAGUCACAGGCAGGGGUCGCCUGCCCCACUCCACAGCUGGUCGAAGUCGCACCUCCUCCACUUGCAGCUGAUGCUCCACCUGAGACAGCAUCAACCAGAAACAGGGAAAGAACCACAAUAGCAAUACCGUGCCACUCUGAAGGAGCCCUGUAAAACCCAAUGCCUUGUGCACUGCAGACCUCAAUGACGUUGGAGUCUGAGAAGCCGGGAAGGCGCUGGUCCUUGCAGAUGACCCCUGCAUCCUCAUCAUGGGUUGGAGGCCGGGCAGCGGCGUUCAUGAUGCUUGACUUGCAAACGGUUUCGGGACAGUAGGACGGCCCCUGUGGCAAGCAGGAAGCUUUCCAGCCCGUACUCGUUCCUCCACAUCCCCAAUUAGACAGAGUAUCAACAGUCCAGUCCAAUUCCAGGGCUGGGCCAUGAAAACAGCCCCUCCGCCCCGCAUCACCGCCGCAGGGGCCCGAGAGGGGCGGGCACGCCUCCGGCACCCUGCAGCCCCGCCCCACCCCGCCCCGCCCUCAACCCUCGGGGCCAGGAAGCGCGGAAGGAAUCGCCUGGGCCAUGGACGGGGCUGUGAUGGAGGGUCCGCUUUUUCUGCAGAGUCAGCGCUUCGGGACCAAGAGGUGGAGGAAAACUUGGGCUGUGCUUUACCCAGCCAGUCCUCACGGCGUGGCACGGCUAGAAUUCUUUGAUCACAAGGGGUCGAGCUCUGGAGGGGGUCGAGGCGGCUCUCGCCGUCUAGACUGCAAGAUGAUACGCCUGGCUGAAUGUGUGAGCGUGGUGCCUGUGACUGUGGAGAGUCCCCCUGAGCCCGGCGCGGCUGCCUUCCGCCUGGACACCGCGCAGCGCUCGCACCUGCUGGCGGCGGACGCCGCAUCCAGCACCGCCUGGGUGCAGACUUUAUGCAGAACCGCCUUUCCGAAAGGCGGCUGGGCUUUGGCGGAGACGGAGAACCCACCUAAGUUUUCUGCCCUGGAGAUGUUGGAGAAUUCGCUGUACAGCCCCACCUGGGAAGGAUCCCAGUUCUGGGUAACCUCGCAGAAGACCGAGGCUUCUGAACGCUGCGGCUUGCAAGGCUCCUACAUAUUGAGGGUGGAAGCUGAGAAGCUGACCCUCCUGACUUUGGGUGCGCAGAGUCAAAUCCUGGAGCCGCUCCUUUUCUGGCCCUACACGCUGUUGCGACGCUAUGGCCGAGACAAGGUAAUGUUCUCCUUUGAAGCCGGUCGCCGCUGCCCCUCUGGCCCUGGGACCUUCACCUUCCAGACUUCUCAGGGAAAUGACAUCUUUCAGGCAGUUGAGGCUGCCAUCCAGCAGCAGAAAGCCCAAGGAAAGGUGGGACAGGGACAAGAUAUCCUCAGAACUGACUCCCAUGAUGGGGAGACAGAGGGGAAGAUAGUUCCCCCUCCUGCUCCCCAGGACCCCCUGGGCAGCCCGCCAGCCCUAUAUGCGGAGCCUUUAGACUCCUUGAGAAUUCCUCUAGGCUCUUCUCAGGACCCUCUAUAUUCAGACCCCCUGGGCAGCACCCCUGCUGGGGCAGGGGAAGGGGUGCAUUCGAAGAAACCUCUCUAUUGGGAUUUGUAUGGGCAUGUGCAGCAGCAGUUGCUGAAAACCAAGCUGACAGACUCCAAAGAGGAUCCCAUCUAUGAUGAACCUGAGGGCCUGGCCCCAGCCCCUCCCCGGGGCCUUUAUGAUCUGCCUCAGGAGCCUAAGGAUGCAUGGUGGUGCCAGGCUCGGCUGAAGGAAGAGGGCUACGAACUCCCUUAUAACCCUGCCACCGACGACUAUGCUGUGCCACCUCCUCGAAGCUCGAAGCCUGCCCCUGCCCCCAAGCCACAGGGCUUGGUCCUUCCUGAAUCUGGUACCAUAGGUGGCAGUGGCAGCAAAGGCCUCAGCUCAGACACAGCUCUGUACAGCCAGGUCCAGAAAAGUGGGACCUCAGGGGCUUGGGACUGUGGACUCUCUAGAGUAGGGAAUGACAGAGCGGGGGUCAAGUCAGAGGGUUCUGCCUGAGACAGUUGCUGAUAGGGUCCAUGGGGUGGUGGCACUAAAAAAGAAACCUGAGGGUGGGAGGGACCAGGGGAUCAGAGGAGUCAGGAUGACCAGUCUCGGGGAAGUCGUGGGAGUAGAUCAAACAGGGCUGAGGGAUAGGCCCUGGGAAGGCCCAGCAGUGCUAAGGAUUGGCUAGCUGAUGGACUAGGCCUAUGGAAGGGUCCACUGGUUGGAGUGGGUACCCUUUGGGGAGGCCACUAUGGAUCCUUACUACUGUAUUGUUCUUUGCCGGAUACAUUUUUAAUUUAUAAGAUAAAUCUCAUUAAAGCCAGCUUGGGUUGAAAAGG